AUGAGAUUAUUAUUAUUUGUAAUAUUUUUCAUUUUUUAUCAGUUUUCAAAUUUAAAUAGUUAUACAUUAGUUUCAACACAAAAUCAAGAAGCAAUUGAUUUUGUUUCAUCAGUAUUUGGAAUAACAACAAGCUCACCUUGUGAUCAACUUAUUUGUAAAGAAAUCUCACCAAACAGUAAUGAAUAUUGUGUAGAUUCUAUUAUUGUACCAAAACAAUCAAGUACAAUAACUAUUUCAAAUGAUUUAACAGUGUUUAAAAAUUUAACAGUUUUAUCAUUGGGUGAAAAUAUAAUUUUAAAUGAUCAAUUUUUUAAUAAUUUAAAUCAAUUCAAUUUUUUAAUUUCAAUUAAUAUUUUUAGUUAUUCAGGAAAAAUUUCAAAUUUAAUUGAAUUUCCAAAAUCAUUAAAAACAAUAAAUUUUAAUUAUUUAGGAUCAUCAAUUCCAAAUUCAAUUUUUAAAUCAGAUAUUACAUCAUUAAUUAUUGAAAAUUCAUUAAAUGGUUAUAAUUUAAAUGAUACAAUGAUUUCAACAAAUUCUAAAUUAAUUGUAUUUGGAUUACCAAUAUCUUUGAAAGAGAAUAAUUUACCAAAAAAUUUAGAAAAUUUAAAAAGCUUAAAAUAUUUUACACUUUAUAUUGAUAAUGGUGAAUCUAUAAAAUAUUCAAUACCAGAUUUUUCAUCAUUAAAAUUAACAACCGUUGAAAGUCUUGUAUUCCGUUUUACUCAAUCAUCACCUUCUCAAACUUGGGUAAUACCACAAUUUAUAAAUUCAAUAACAACUUUAAAUAAUUUUGAAAUUUAUUCAAAUGGUUUUAAAAUUAAUUCAACAAUUGGUUUUUUAGAUUUAUCAUCUUUAAAAAAUAAUUUAAAUUUAAUUUCGUUAAAUAAUGAUUUUAAUUUUAAUAAUUUAGAUUUUUCAAAUUUUUUAAAUAUUUUUAUUGAAAAUAAUAAUUUUAAACAAUUAUUACCAAUUGAUACAAUUGAUUUUUCAAAUUUAGAAUCUUUACAAAUUAUUAAAAGUAAAGUUUUUGGAUUAAUUCCAAAUCAAUAUUGUUUUAUUAAAAAUUUAAAUUUACAAAAUAAUCAAUUAAAUUCAACAGUACCAUCAUGUUAUUUAUGUGUUGGUGCAUCAUUUUCAAUUGGUAAUAGUUAUUAUAAUGUUAGUAGUAAAGGUGAAAAUUUAAUAAUAAAUGGUAAUGAUUUUGGAUGGGAUUUACAAAGUUUAGAGGGUCCACAAUUAGUUAUUACAAUACCUAAUAAAGAAAUAAAAGUCAGUAUUCCACCUGGUGAAGUUGGUACAUCACAUUCUUAUAAAACAACCUUUUAUAAUGGUAGUUUAUCUUUCUUAUUUAAUUAUACUUAUCAAGAAGAAAUUGAUUCAAGUGAUUCUAAAUCAUCUAAUGGUGAAAGUAAUGAAAUUUCCUUUGCCAUCAAAAUAUUACUUUAUCUUCCUUAUUUAUUCAUUCAAUAUACUGCUAUCUUUUUUUUAAAUCAUACAGAUAACAACACAACCAAUACAAAUAAUACCUCCACAACCUCAACAACAAAAAACAAAAGUGCAAAAAUCGACACACCUAAAAAACAAACCCCAACAAACCAACUCUCACUAAACAAAGGACUUGAUAAUCAAUUAGAUAUCAUUGCACCUCCAUCAAUCACAAGACCACUCUCUUUCUUAGAAAAAAACAAUAACACCAUCAACAUUAAGUGUUACUUUAAUCAACCACACAUCCGUGAAGAAUUAACCUCAAAAGAUGACACAAGAAUUCAACAAAUUCACAAAAACAUUCACAAACUCUUCGAAGAUAUACUGUCGCCAUCAGCAUUUAAAAUAAUUGGUGCAACUGCCUUCGUAAAUUGCAACGUUGAUAAAUUAACUUCAAUAAUCAACCUUCAAAACCAACUUGCACUAAAUAUCGACAAACUCAACUAUAGAUUCGAUAUAUCAUCAAAUGAUUAUGCAAUCAUUAAAACAUUCAUUAAAACGUACUCACCCAAACAUGCAAACGAGGCAAUUACAAACAACCUCACUAAAUUCACCAGUUGUACAUCAAUUGAAUCAUUUACUGUCACAUACUCAUAUGCUGUUGCGUUUAAAAGCUACAUUAUAACAUAUCAUCUAAUUGAUCACACACACAACAUUGUUGAUCAAAAGAUCGAACAACCAUCUGGUAUCACAAGAUAUAUCAAAGCUGCAACACGUAGUGUCACUAAACACAAAAUUCAACAUGCAAAAAAUGCAGAUAUGGCAACAACUAUAAAAAAUGCCAUCACAAACCCAAACAUGAACAAAAACAAUCAACCACCAAAAAACAACAUUAAAACCCCACCAAUCAACGAAAUUGCAAAUUCCAAUCGCAAUAAUAACUCACUUCAAAAUAGUGGUUCAAAAGCUAUACUAAAUGAAUCACUUGAUAUUAACAAUCAAUCCCAAAACAAUAAUGAAAUAUCACACAAAAGAUUCACUGAAAACCCAAACAAUCAACACAAUUCCUACCAAAAAGCUGUUGACACACUACAACUACUUAUAUCAAAACUUCCACCUCGUCCAACAAUCUCAAUACUCACUGAACUCAAUUCAUCACCAUUACAACUUAAACAUGAUUUUCCCGAUCACAUCAUCUCUGUCACCAAACGAGGAAAUGGUGUAAUCAUCAUUAACCAUAACCCAAACACACUCAAACUCAAACACAUAUCAACAAUUGAUGGUAGAGCUAUUUUAGCAGACGUUAUAUUUCCAAAUCAAUUACCAAUUGGUAUUCUUGGAAUUUACGCACCAGCAUCAAAUAAUACCAUCAAAAAGAAUUCAUAUGCAACUUCACUACAAACACUUCUCCACAACCACUCAACAAACCCAAUACCAAACCAAUCCCAACAUGUAUCUAUUAUCGCAGGAGAUUUCAACUGUAUCCACAACGACAAUUCACUAUUAGAUGAUAUUAUCCAAUCCUACACAUACCAACACCAUCUAAUUGAUCAAGGUGAAUUUAAAAACACUCCAACUCAUACACAUGGUAACAGAUUAGAUAGAAUAUAUACUCAAUACAAUAGAAUAGACCCUGAAAAUAUAUAUACUCAAGUCCACCAAAUUCCAUCUUCAUUAUCAGAUCAUAAUCCAAUAUCAACAACAUUUUCUUCACCUUUUCAAAUAAAUAAACAUAAGAAAAGAUGGAUAUUAUCACCUGGUACUGCAAAUGACCAUGAAGCAAUCAAUAUUAUCAAUCAUUUAAUAACUAAUCACAAUAACACAUCAAUCAAUCAAUUUACAAAUUGGUCAAAAGUAAAAUCAAAAAUUAUUAAAACUCUAAAAAACUAUCAAUAUAACAAAGACAAACAAACUCAACGUGCAAAACAAAUACUAUUAGAAAAAGCAGCAAAAUUCAAACAUCUUGAAGAACAAUGCAUCGCUGAAUACAAUAUUAUAUGUAACAAAAACAAAUUACAUCAAAACCACACAAACAUAUUAAAAAAACAUAUAAAUGGAGAAAUACCUAGCAAGUAUCUAUCAGCAAUACUAAACAAAAGAUCAAAAGAUGCAAAAAUUGAAUCAAUCCAAUAUGGUAACAUCAUUACAUCCGACCCCGACCAAAUUGAAAAUGCGUUUGUUGAAUUCUACACAAAUCUAUAUAGCUUACAAAUAUGUUGUCCAAUUACUCACCAGCUCAUGCUAAACACAUGGCCCAUCAUAAAAAAUGAAUAUUGGAAUGGUUUAGACUCACCAUUUAUACAAGAUGAAGUUGAAGCUGCAAUUAAAACCUGUAACCCCAACAAAUCACCCGGUCCAGAUGGCGUUACAAAUGCAUUCUACAUUAAUCAUUUAAACCAAGUUAAACCAAUUCUCACUACAUUAUUCAACGAUAUACUAGAAAAUCCUCACCACAUCACAACAGAAUUCACAGAAGGUCUUAUACACACAAUAUACAAGAAAGGCAACCCCUUACUCAUAUCAAAUCGUCGUCCCAUUACACUUCUAAACACUGAUUACAAGAUCCUCUCAAAAGUAAUCAAUGCACGUCUUCUGAGAAUACUUCCUUUCAUCAUCAACAACAACCAAACUGGUUUCGUACCCCACAGAUUCAUCAUAGACAACAUCAUCAACAUCAAUGAAUUAAUCAACUACCUCAAAUCUAAAAACCUCCCUGGUAUCAUCACACUAUUUGACUUCUUUAAAGCAUUUGAUUCUAUCUCUCACGAUAGCAUUAAAAGAACAUUAAUUCAUAUUGGUAUACCAAUAAAAUUAAUAAAUUUAAUCCACAAGCUAUUAUCUGACUCACAAGCAAAAAUUUCAAUUAAUGGUAAAACGACCAGAAAAUUCGAUAUUAAAAGAGGUGUAAAACAAGGUGACCCAAUCUCAGCCACUUUAUUUGUAAUUGUAAUUGAAAUAUUAGCAAGAACAAUAAAUGCAGACAAUUCAAUAAUUGGAUUACCAAUUUCACCCAAUCCACAAAUUAAAAUUAAAUUUACCCAAUUUGCAGACGACUCUACAACAUACAACAUCAACUACGAACAACAACAACAAUCAAUCAAACAUUUCGAUAAUUUCUGCGCUUCAACAUCAUCAUCAUUAAAUUUUGACAAAAGUGCAAUAAUAGAAAUCAACCCCCACAAAAUCACUGAUAAACACAUAAUAAACAACAUUCCACAAUCAAAAAGAAUUCCAAUAACCAAAAAAGAUCAAUCAGAAAGAGUUCUUGGCUAUUUCUUUAAUCAUAAUGGUUUACAUAGGAAAUUACCAGAAACAAUGAAAACACUGAUUAAAUCAUUAGUGCUAUGGAAAACUAGUGGCACAACAUUAAAAACAAAAACAACCAUCAUAAACACCUACUCACUAUCACCAAUAACAUAUUUAUCAUACCUUGAAGAAUUUACAAAAGAUGAAGAAAUUCAAAUUAAUAAAUUAAUCUCAUGGUUUAUGAAUUCUCCCGCAAAUUCUGAAUCACCAACUCUCGAUACCAAUUCCAUUGAAAAAAACACAUCAACCAUCCAUUCACGUGCAAAAAUACCUUUGAUGUGUUAUGAUAGAUCAUUAAAACCAUUAAAAGAAGGUGGUUGGGGUAUGUGGAAUAUACAAUUACGACAAGUUGCUCAAAAGAUUUGGAUAUACAACAGAUUUUUACAAAUGCAUAAAUCUGCAAACAAUUCAAUAUACAUGAUAAGUUGGAUGGAUCAAAUCAUCAACAAAUCAAUCUCUUCUCCAUACCUUAUAAAAAUCAAAAAAGAAUGGGAAAACUAUGCAACUCAAAUUGGACAUCUAAAAGAUAAAGUUCAAAUCCUACAACCAAUAUUAACAAAAAACCAACCCUCUCAAACAUUAAACACAAAUAAUAUUUCACUACCACCAACACUCAAAGAAAUCUACUCGACAAUACUAAACAAUCACCAAUGCAAAUCAAAA